CCCAGAAUAAAUAUGUUGCCCCUCACCAAUCCCAGUAUAAAUGUGUUGCUCCUCACCAAUCCCAGUAUAAAUGUGUUGCCCCUCACCAAUCCCAGAAUAAAUAUGUUGCCCCUCACCAAUCCCAGUAUACAUGUGUUGCUCCUCACCAAUCCCAGUAUAAAUGUGUUGCUCCUCACCAAUCCCAGUAUAAAUGUGUUGCUUCUCACCAAUCCCAGUAUAAAUGUGUUGCUUCUCACCAAUCCCAGUAUAAAUGUGCUGCUCCUCACCAAUCCCAGUAUAAAUGUGCUGCUCCUCACCAAUCCCAGUAUAAAUGUGUUGCUCCUCACCAAUCCCAGUAUAAAUGUGUUGCCCCUCACCAAUCCCAGAAUAAAUAUGUUGCCCCUCACCAAUCCCAGAAUAAAUGUAAUGCUCCUCACCAAUCCCAGUAUAAAUGUGAUGCUCCUCACCAAUCCCAGUAUAAAUGUGUUGCUCCUCACCAAUCCCAGUAUAAAUGUGUUGUCACACCUAUGGACAGCAUACUGGUCACAACAUUUUGCUUUUUACAUCUGAACUCAGAUCACUAUGGAUUUCAAGUCACCUCAAUGGAUAGCAAAUGCUGUAAACUCAGAUUAAAUGCAUGCACAUAGAGCCCAGCACAUGAUAAAUAUCGCUUGUACAGGAUCGCAGACCAGAGCAGCUCCUGACUUUUAAAUCGUUGUCAUCUGAUGUGAAAACAAUAAUUGCAUGUCUCCACCAGGUGGCAGUGACCUGCAAACAUAUUGUAAGGACCUAUAUCCAGCUUGGCAAUCCAAACUUCCACACACUUCAAAGCUGUUGUCAGCUCAAGCAGCUUUUUUUUUUCUCUGGUUUUCUAUCUAAUUGCAUUUCUCUCAGGAUUACUAAGCAACACCCCCCCAGAUGGGUAAUGUGAAGGUGAUGGGGUUUUUGUAGCCAGAAUUGCAAGAUGUGAAGCUUUGCACAUUAGCAUGUGAUGUGAGAGUAAGGUGGAGCUGACAGCUAAGGGGGCGUCGCUGAAUCUUCUACAAUCUUUACAGUCUCAAGCAAAGAAAAAAAAAAAAACUGUAGCUAUGCCCCAUUCCCAUUUUCUGUCUCUACGUUCUGUAUCCAUUUCCAUGUGCAGGAAGAAGAUGCAGAAUCCAUAGGAAGCACAGGUAAACUAGAAAGGGUUGGACAGAUCUGCCAGCUAAUCAGGUAUGGUGUGUGCAGAUGUGCUGACAAGAAACAUGUUGAUUGGAGAUUUUUCAGUCAGUGAUGAAGUUUAGAAGAGCUCUCGGUUAUCCCUUACAAAAUGGAUGCUAAACAUGCAAUUGAUUUGCUUCAUUGAAGUGUUCUCAUUUUCAUAUCUAGAGGGUUGAUUCAUGGACAAGCCUGACAAGAUGAAUUUUUCAACAGAUUUAAGUAAUCAGUCUAUUAAUGACAACAUGUCUACAAUGCUGCCUUUAGAUGAAGAAUGUGCUUUGCCACUAGCAAUUGUGUUUACUUUAUCAUUGGCCUAUGGAAUUGUAAUGAUACUUGGACUCUCUGGAAAUUUGGCUCUCAUCAUCAUUAUUCUAAGGCAAAAGGAAAUGCGCAAUGUUACUAAUAUCCUCAUCGUAAAUUUGUCAUUUUCUGACCUACUGGCAACAAUAAUGUGUCUCCCGUUUACUUUAGUUUACACCCUGAUGGACCACUGGAUUUUUGGAGUGGGUAUGUGUAAACUAAAUGAAUAUAUACAGUGUGUUUCAGUGACAGUAUCUAUUUUCUCACUGGUUCUCAUUGCCGUUGAGCGUCAUCAGCUGAUUAUAAAUCCUCGUGGAUGGAGACCUAACAACAGACACGCUUGUGUUGGAAUCACAGCAAUAUGGAUGGUAGCCAUGACUGCUUCUUUGCCAUUCAUGAUGUACAGUUCCUUAACAGAUGAACCAUUCAAGAAUAUAAGCAUUGAUUUAUACAUUGGUAAAUACGUGUGCCUUCAAGAAUUUCCAGAUGAAAAAUUCAGACUUACAUACACAACAUUAUUGUUUGUUGUACAAUACCUUGCACCCCUAUGCUUUAUUUUCGUAUGCUAUACUAAGAUAUUCCUCAGAUUAAAACGAAGGAACAACAUGAUGGACAAGAUGAGAGACAAUAAGUACAGAUCCAGUGAAACAAAGAGAAUCAAUAUCAUGCUUUUGUCCAUUGUAGUUGGAUUUGCUCUGUGCUGGCUGCCAUUCUUCAUCUUUAACUUGGUGUUUGAUUGGGACCAUGAGGCUGUUGCCACAUGCCACCAUAACUUGUUAUUUUUGAUCUGCCAUCUAACAGCAAUGAUCUCGACAUGUGUUAACCCAAUUUUUUAUGGUUUUCUCAACAAAAACUUUCAGAGGGACCUACAGUUCUUCUUUAAUUUUUGUGAUUUUAGAGCUAGAGAAGAUGACUAUGAAACUAUAGCAAUGUCUACCAUGCACACUGAUGUUUCUAAAACAUCUUUGAAGCAAGCAAGCCCAAUAGCAUAAAAAUGGAGAACCAAUUGCCCGAUUAGUGGCAGUUAGUGUGUCUAUAUCCAAAACAAGCACAAAUCCAUUGCAUAAGACUUACUCAUCAUCACUCAGCAUGUCAGAAUUUGUGUUUUCACAACUGUGAUCAGCAUUAUUGUAUAGGGACUUUCCUAUUUCAGAAUCAGUUAGUGAAUUCAACACAUUUUGGAGCUUAUGCUUUUGUACAAUGGCAUUUAUUGCCAUAUUGUUUUACAUUUUCAAUCUAUCGUGAUUUAUUCAUAUGGAUAAUUGUGUUUUUGGCACAGAGAACAACAAAUACAUUUCUCACCCAAAACUGUGAAUGUUACACUCUUUUAUACUAUAACACUUGGUCUGUCCACCUGAAAAAUAGCUAUGGUAUAUUAGAUGUGAUAUUUAUUAUAAAUGUUACUUUUAUACCUAUUUUAUUAGAUUUUCAUAUAAAAUGUAUCUAUAUAGUAUGUGUACAGUAAACUACACAAGAGUAUUUUGCGUUGUAUUAUGGCGAUAUUGCAUGAUUCCAGUUCCUUGCUAUCAAUGUACAAACACUAUAGCUGCAUAUGUAUAUUAUUCUGGGUGGAAAACAUUUUGGGGAAGUGUGCCUUAAGAGUUACAGAGACAUUAUACAAUGCUUUUGUGUUCUUUUGUUGUAUGUACAGGGUGGGCCAUUUAUAUGGAUCCACCUGGGAGGGCCAUUUAUAUGGAUACACUUUAAUAAAAUGGGAAUG